UGGGGGCUAAGGAUAUCUAUGGCAGCAGAAGACCGAAGCCCAGUGACUAGUUUGUGCAAGAGGAAGGGAGCAUGAUCAGCACCAGAUCCCCAUUCUCUGCAGGACCCUGACAAUCGGACAGGUGACCUGCUCCAGAAUACAGAGGCCUUAGUGGACGAAAUUCGCAAAAACCAACUCCGGAUCCUAAAAGGGAGGGCGAAGAAUCAGUGGCCGAAGCUAACCGCUUCAUACCCACACUUCAUCCUCCCUCCCCCAACCUCCGCCCGGUUCCCUGCUAGGCCACCAUGUCUGUAGGCAACGGCACGCCUUGGGGGUCAGCAGCGGCCGACGAGGUCUGGGCGGGAUCAGGAGUGGAAGUGGAGGGCUCAGAGUUGCCCACCUUCUCAGUUGCAGCCAAGGUCCGAGUGGGAGUGACCAUUGUGCUGUUUAUUUCUUCGGCUGGAGGGAACCUGGCUGUAUUGUGGUGUGUGACGCGUCCGCAACCCAGCCAGCUUCGCCCCUCUCCGGUCCGGCGACUCUUUGCCCACUUAGCAGCUGCCGACUUACUGGUCACUUUUGUGGUUAUGCCCCUAGAUGCUACAUGGAAUAUCACUGUUCAGUGGCUGGCUGGGGACAUAGCAUGUCGGAUGCUCAUGUUUCUGAAACUAAUGGCCAUGUAUGCCGCAGCUUUCCUGCCGGUGGUCAUUGGGCUUGAUCGCCAGGCAGCAGUACUCCACCCACUUGGACCUCGCCCAGGUGGAAGGAAGCUUCUGGGGGCAGCCUGGGGACUUAGUUUCCUGCUUGCCUUGCCCCAGCUGUUUCUGUUCUAUACCGUCCGCCGAGCUGGCCCAGUCCCCUUCACUCAGUGUGUCACAAAAGGCAGCUUCAAGGAUCGAUGGCAAGAGACCACCUACAACCUCUUCACCUUCUGCUGCCUUUUUCUGCUGCCACUGACUGCCAUGGCCAUCUGUUAUAUAUGCAUUGUUCUCAGUGUGUCAAGUCCCCAGACAAGGAAGAGGAACCAUGCCCCUGCCGGUGAAUUUGCCCUCCGCCGCUCCUUAGACAACCGCCCCCGUGUCCGUCUUCGGGCCCUGCGUCUGGCCCUGCUUGUCUUGCUGACCUUCGUCCUCUGCUGGACACCUUAUUACCUGCUGGGUCUGUGGUACUGGUUCUCCCCUACCAUGCUAACUGAAGUCCCUUCAAGCCUCAGCCACAUCCUUUUCCUCUUUGGCCUCCUCAAUGCUCCUCUGGAUCCUCUCCUCUAUGGGGCCUUCACCCUUGGCUGCCGAAGAAGGCGCCAAGAACUUAGUUCGGACUCCUCAAGGGAAGGAGGGUCUGGGAGAAUACCUGGACAGGAGAUUCAAGCCCUUAGACAGCUGGAAGUACAAACAAAUGUAGUGGCAAGAAAGGCAGGGGAAAUGAAAGAGACAUUACUAUAACAUCCAUCUGCUCAGGACAUAGAAACGGAAUAAUUACUCUCUAAUACCAUAAGCACAUCCCAUCUCUAUCUGUGCACUCUCAGCUUCCAAGAAAAAAAAAUACAGAGCAGUACCUCUACUUUGACUCUAGCUGAGACUUGAGAGCAUUAUUUAAUAUAGAAAUGCAUACAGAAUUCAGUUCCUGGGAGAAGUAUCUUCACAAUGACCCACACUGCCAUACUGUAAAUAGUGCUUCAGAGCUUCCAAUGUUAGAGCAAGAGAGUAAUUUUAAAUGUAGAAAACAAAAAUGGGAUAUUUAUUCAUAAUUCAAAGGAAACACUAAACAGGUAGGAUAAGAGAUUAAAUAUAAACACACCAAGUUCCACCCCAGCCCUGUCUCCCCAAGGCUGCAUGAUCAAAUGGAAUCUCUGGAAAGAACACCUUGACAACAGAGGACCUGUCAGCGACGUCUCCGGUCUGGACUCCUGCUGCGUCUUCGGCCACCUCUAGAGAAAACAAAGAGGGUGGGUAAGGGGGGAAGCCUUCAGAAUGACUUUGUACAGUGGUCUUAUUCUGUUUCACUUACAUUCCCUUCACCAAGAUAGCCCUUGCCCUCUCCAUUUUACCUCCUCUUGCCCUUGGGUGGACCACGGACGAAACACCAGUCCACACUGAUCGGCUGUCCCAUCAAAUCCUGACCAUUGAGUCCUUCCAUGGCAGCCUGGGCCUCCUUGUAUGUUUCAUACUCAACUAAAGUAUACCCCUUGAGGAAGUGAAAAAAACAGGUAUCAAAAUCCUAUUUCACUAAGUGUCAUUGGA